AUGUACCCCCGUGUUUCCCUUUCCACCGCCUGCGCCUUAUGCAAGGAUGUCUUCCGGCACACGCCGCACGAGAUGGCAAAGGCCGCGUGCGCCUCCAUGAUAUUAAAUGUGACGGCGUCUCUGCACACGUUGGGUCUGGUGGCUGCACUGAGUGAUGUGGACGUGGCGCUGCUUCAAGAUAUGGCGGAGGCCCUGCGGAGUUAUCGCUGCGCAUCGGGGCAUGACGCCAGUCAUGAGGAGGUCAUACAUUGCCAGGGUCGCUGCAUUUUGGAUGUGCUGCAGCAGCAGCAGCGGCAGCUUGUGCUGCGGGAAGCUUAA